UCCAGAGAUCAUGAAUGGCUUAUAUGAAUGCAUUAGAAAGUUAAAUCCAGAUAUAAAGGUUCAAGACCAAAUUGAUGCUGAGCUUUCGAUGUAUAACAAUGCAGAUGGGUUCUUUGGAAACUAUAUGGCUAUUAGAAAGAGAGCUGAGAAAUCACCAGCUGAAUGGUGGGCUUCAUAUGGAAUGUCAACACCCACGUUGCAAAAAUUUGCAAUUAAAAUUCUUAGCUUGACUUGUAGUUCAUCUGGGUGUGAACGUAAUUGGAGUGUGUUUGAAAAUCUUCAUACUAAACGGAGAAACAGGCUUGAUCAACUUCGUUUAAACGACUUGGUGUUUGUGAAAUACAAUAGAGCAUUGAGGCGUCGAUAUCAAAUGCGUGAUACCAUUGACCCUAUCAUAUUGAUCGACAUUGAUGAAAGCAAUGAAUGGUUGACUGGAAAACUUGAUGAGGAGAAUGAUAAAGAUGAUGAAACUGUUUUUCCAGAUGACAUUGGGGAUGGGUUGACAUGGAGUAAUGUUGCUGCGGCUGCAGGAGUUGGAGAGCCUAGUUAUCAAUUUAGAACUAAACAAACUCGAUCACAAUUGGGAUCAACUUCGGCUUCGACUUCAAAGCGGCGAGUAACUCAAGAGAUUGAAGAGGAGGAAAGUGAGGCAGGGACCGAAGAUGAUGAAGACUUGGAAGAGGGAGAAGAAUUGAGAGAUGAAGAAGAAGAUGAAGGGGUGAUUGAAGGGGAUGAUGAAGAUAUUGACCUUGAUGUUGAUGAUCUCCUUGAUGAUGAUUGAUUAAAAAACUUUUUUAUAUUGAUUGUGGACUUGUAAUGUUUAUGUGUUUGUUUAGAACUUUGCAUUAUAAUUGGUACUUGGUAAAGUUUAAGACUUUAAGUUUGAACUUUGAUGAUGUUUCUAGUUUAGAAUUUGCAUGAUGAAUGAAUUAACUUUGAUGUUGUUAGUUUAUAGAAUUUGAAGAUA